AUUCUUCAUCCAUUUCCUUUCACAUUUCUAAGUUUUUCUUAAAAGACUUUUGUUCCUUGUUGAGUUUAUAAAUUACCAAUAAUCUUUGUUGACAAAAUGAGUGGAAGUUCUUCAACACAUGAGAAUAUGGCUGCUCCUAUAUGCAAUUGUGAAGAAAAGUGUGCCAUAUUCACAUCAAAGACAGCUAAGAAUCCUAACAGACGUUUCUUUGGAUGUCCAUAUUUUAAUUUUGAGGAUAAAAUGUUAUAUUGUGACUAUUUCAUGUGGGAGGAUGAAUUCAUUGCAUCCCAAACUUCAAUGGUUGAGUUGAAGGAAGCCAAGAAGGAGGGAGAUGUGAUGAAUAGUGAUGUGGAAGUUAAAAUUAAUCAAUUUGAAAGUGAUAUGGAACACAAAAUUAAUGUCUUAGAGAGGGAUGUUCAAGUCAUGAAAUUUCAGAGUGAAUCACAAAUGAAGAGAGGGAUUUGGAAAAAGUAUGUUGGAAUUGUAGUGCUUUUGAUUGUUGCUUUGGUUAUAGUUUUUUGUAUUUGGAAGCAUACAAAAUUGUUUAAGUAAUUGUGUGUUAGAGUUUGGAUUAUGUGUGUUUUGUUUGAAAUAAAUAAUAUGGGUGAUGUAAUGAAAUGAGUAAACUUUAAUUGAAUUAUAUAUUUGAAAUUGUUUGCCUUA